CCGGUUGCCAUCGCGGCCGCGCCGCCGGCCAUGGCGGCGGAGGAGGAGGACGACGUGGAGUGGGUGGUGGACACGAUCGCCGGGUUCCUGCGGGGGCCCGCCUGGUCCAUCCCCAUCCUGGAGUUCAUGGAGCACAACUGCGAGGUUUUUGACGAUGAAGAAGAGAGCAAGUUGUCUUACACAGAAAUUUAUCAGGAGUACCAAGCCCUGGUGGAGAAGCUGCUGGAGGACUAUCUCAAAGAGGUUGGAAUCAACGAAGAGAAGUUCCAGGAGGCUUUCUCAUCCCCGCUUGCCAAGACCCACACCUCGCAGGCCAUUCUGCAGACGGUGUUGGCAGCAGAAGAUUUUAGGCUUUUUAAAAAAAUGAUGGUGCAGAAAAACAUUGAAAUGCAAUUGCAAGCCCUUCGGAUCAUUAAGGAAAGGAAUGGUGUCUUGCCUGAGUGUCUGACAGAGGGUUCUGAUGUGUUCAGUGAGAUUGAGCAAGAAGAAAUGAAAAUACUCAAGGAGGUUCUCAGAAAAUCUAAGGAAGAAUAUGACCUGGAGCAGGAGAGGAGGAGGACAGAGGAGGCACAAGCUAAACUCAAAGCACCAGAUGCCUCCCACAGUUCUCCAGGGAAUUCCAGAGGAGCUGUAAAAGUAAAGGAACCCACUGAGGGAGCUGAGGGUGCUGAAGAAACUCCAAGAUGUGCCCCAGAGGGAUCUCAUAAAUCUCCAAAGGAGGACCUGAGGCCAGUCUGCCCAGUACAAAAAGGAGCUGAAAACUCACCUCAGCCCUCCUGUGCCAAGGGGAAAGAGGACUCCAAGAAGAGGCCUGCUGGGAAACGCUCCGAGAGCACAGCACAGAAAGCUGCUCUCAAAGGGCCUAGUUUAUCAGAAACCGAACAACAGGAGCUGAAGCAGCGUGAGGAAUAUCUGAAGAAAAAACGAGACAUGCUGCUGGCCACGAAGAAAGAGUCAAAAACCAGGGCAGCAACACCCCCAGCCACUGACCAGAAAGAGGAGGAGACACCCAAACAGGAAGUGUCAGAAGAGAAGCAGAGGUUGCUGCAGAAGAGGAAGAUGCUGGCAGAGAAACUAAAAGAAGAGGUCAUUAAUAAGCGAUAGUUUGAAGAGCUCCUUGCGGGCCCCAGGAACAGAAGGAUGAUUUUAGAACAGAUCGGAUCACCAGUGAGUGGAGGGGUUUGGUUUCCAAUCUUACCUGUAGCUUUCUAGAACUCUCAGACAAGCAGCUCAGCCCUUGGUAAAUCACUGUUGCAACUGCACUGACCCGCCG